AUGAUGCUGAAUUCAGACCAAACGGAGAUCGACCUGCAGCCGACGCACUCGGAGACGGAGUCGGUCUUCAGUGACUGCGGGGGAGGCCGGGGGCUGGGGGUGGAAGACGGCAGCGCCUUGGGCCUGUGCAGCCAGUCCCGCGCCGCCGAGUCUGGCGAGGCCAUGAAGAAAGACCUCCAGCACCUGAGCCGAGAGGAGCGGCGGCGAAGGCGGCGAGCCACGGCGAAGUACCGGACCGCUCAUGCCACGCGAGAGCGGAUCCGGGUGGAGGCCUUCAACAUGGCCUUUGCUGAGCUGCGCAAACUCCUGCCUACGCUUCCCCCGGACAAGAAGCUGUCCAAAAUUGAGAUCCUGCGUCUGGCGAUCUGCUACAUUUCCUACCUGAACCAUGUGCUCGAUGUCUGA